AUGAUAUCGAACCCAUUCAUCGUAUCAUGGUGGCCUCUCGCACUUGCGGACCCAGCACUGUUUCACGUGUCAAUACAAACGGCAUCUCUAGACGAAGAAUUGAGGGCGCACAAGGGAUUUCCAAUCUCAGAGCUUCUCAUGGUAGAUUCUGUAUCCCUAAUACGACAGAAGAUUGAGAAUUCUUCGCUGGCAUUUCAAGAUGACACGUUGAACUCGGUCGUCACCUUGGCUGCGAUUGAGCACGGAAAAGGAAAUGUUGAAGCUAGCAAAACCCACAUUGACGGGGUUAAACGCAUAGUAGGAGUAAGAGGCGGGAUAAGCCACGUCCGGCGAUCAAGUCCACUAACGGCGAGGAUGAUUGCUUGGGUAUCAAUGCUUGUUACAGGAACUCCUCAAUUUCCUAUUCAAGAUGAUCUAGGGAUUGGGGAUGGGGUGUGCCCGACGUUGCAGUGGCUGUUGGCAUCACCGGAUUUUGAGUCGCCAAGUGAGGCCAUCAACGACCUUGAUAUCGACCCUACUGUGAUCGACAUUUUGACCCGCCUUCGCAACAUAUCACAAGAAGCAUCAAGCUUAUCAGGGACUGAGCUGCACGACCUCACCUGCUUCGUGGUGCACAAGUUGCUCCUGUUACCACCACUCUCCACGCAAAAUUUGCAUCAGUCGGCCGCCUCGGAAAGUCUUCGAUACGCCUUGGCACUCUACAUGCUCGCGAUCCACGGAACAACAUAUUAUUCACACAUCGGCUUGGUCAUGACCAUCAUGCAACAAUUUCGAAGUUAUCUCGAAGUCCUAGUGGGAAGCGAUGUUGAUGAGUCACUAAAACUCUGGAUAUUUUCUGUGGGAAUGGUGUCUUCAAUUGACCCUAUCAACAGCAAGUGGUUUACAGAACAGGCUUAUCUAGCCGCGACAUCUCUCAAGAUCCAGACUUGGGAGGAUGUACUUGUACACUUUAAGAGGAUACUAUGGAUGGAAACACCGCGAGGGGUAAUAUUUCAGCAGCAUUGGAAGGACAUGUUGACAUGA